GAAGUUGUCUUUUUUUUUUUUUUUUUUUUUUUUUAAGAUUUUACCACCGGAAGUUAGCUACACCAAGUUUCAGUCCAAACAGAUGGGAAGUUGGAGAUUUUAGGAAGCAGCCGGAGAAAUCAUGUUUUGUCCAUAUUGUGGAAUAAAUCUACAGAUUGUCCUGCUAUACUGUGCCUCAUGCGGCAGGAGUAUUCAGUUUUUGAGAAGUCUUCAAUCGGAAGGUCCUGAAGCAACCAUGGUGGAUGAACUUAUUCACAAGUAUUUCGCAGAGGGCCAUACCUCUGAAAUAAUAUUGGACUUACUGGCAACCAAGCACAACAUUUCAAUGAGUCUCAGCACUUUAAAAAGAAGACUACGAGAUGCAGACCUGACUAAGAGAACUAACUAUACUCCUAUUGCUACUGUACGGGAAGCCAUUUCUGAGGAGCUUCAGGGAUCAGGCAGGCUUUUAGGAUACAGAGCAAUGUGGCAGAUUCUCAAACAAAAGUACUCAUUAACAGUGAGAAGAUGUGAUGUGAUGAACCUAAUGAGAGAACUUGACCCAUCUGGGAUAGAGAACCGUUCUCAGAGAAGAUUUGUCCGAAGAACGUACCACUCAACGGGACCAAAUGAAGUCUGGCAUGUUGAUGGAUAUGACAAACUCAAACCCUUUGGAAUUGCCAUAAGUGGCUGUAUUGAUGGCUUCUCCAGAAAAAUUAUGUGGCUUGCAUGUGGAAAGUCCAACAAUGACCCAAGUGUCAUUGCUCAAAAUUAUAUUAAAUGUGUAGCUGAAUUUGGAGUUUUCCCAAUGCGCCUCCGCACGGACUGUGGCACAGAAAAUGGACUUAUGGCAGCACUCCAUUGUUCUUUGAGAUCAGAGCAGAGCGAUGAACUUGCAGGAACCAGAAGUCACAUGUAUGGCACUUCAACAUCAAACCAGCGCAUUGAAAGCUGGUGGUCAUACUUUCGUAAACAAAGGAUACAAUUUUGGAUAGAUCUGUUUGGUGACUUGAGGGAGAGGCAUCUGUUCAAUGGCAGCUAUGAACACACAAGGUUGCUGCGACACUGCUUUCUGGAUGUGCUACAGAAAGAACUGGAUGAAUACAAGCACCACUGGAACACUCACAUUAUUCGUCCUGUUCGGCAGUCAAAUUGCCCAUCUGGAAGACCAGAGGCAAUGUACUUUUUGCCUCACAGAUUCAAUGGGAUGAACUGUGGAUUCCCAGCAUCCCCACAAACUGUGAGCCAGCUUGAAAGACAUGUGCCAGCACCAGCAGCGCCCGAUGGGGACAGUGACCAGCAUGACUUUGAAGAACUGCAAAGACAGAGUGGUUUGGCACCACCUCUUCAGUGGCAGCCUGCUGUAGAGAACUACAUCACCCUGAAAAACAUGACUGACAUUUAAUCUUAAUUUCACAUUCAGACUAAUUCAGCUACCAAAUGGAGAGAACAUUAUAUUUCCAGACAUAACCCUUUGACAUAUAGGAAAACUACAACUUUUAGAAACAGCUGACAGAACAAAAUGAAGGAAAACAAAGGGCAUGUUCAAAGUUUUGAUCUUUUGACAAAAUAAGAGUCUAUAGCUGAGAAUUUCACUUUUCUGUCCUGAACACAGAACCUUUUUUUUUUGGUACAUUUACAUAGUUCAGACUGUUUAAAAACAGCCAAAGCCAGGGGAAUUCUUAAUCCCAAAGUUCAUGUUGGCUUUGAAGGUGUUGUAGUUAUCCAAGAGAGGCAGCUUUAAAGUGUUGGCACAUGUAUUUGCCAUGGGGAACUUGGAAGUGGUAAGGAAUUGAAGGCGUGGCUGAGGAUUCAUGCCAGCAGGAGGUAUGCAUGGCACACCUGUGGCAAACAUGAAGAUCUCCUCCAGAGUCACUGCACUGUCAUUGUCUAAAAUUAGAAAGCAUUUGAACAUAUUUACUCAAUUGUAAUUUGGGGGGAUUACAUCACUGAAAAUUAUAUUAACUAACCUUCGCAGUCAAGAAGGUAAUCUGCCCAGAAACUUCUUGCUUUGUUCUCCAGGACCCUCAUGUUGCUUCCCACAGGACUGAGGUGGGGUUGGAAUAGGUUUUCCAUGUCUGUCGCAGUUAAUUUGUGAUUUGAAUGACAGAGAACAGGAGUUAGGACAGCAGGAUGCUGCUGCAGUGCUGUUAGAAACUUCAGACUGGCAAGUCCAUCUUUGAACCUAAAAUGCAAUAAUACAGUGGAUUGUAAGUAAUAUGUCUUACUGUUAACUGUUUAAGCAACAGCAA